GUUCAAAGACAUAGAUUAAAGAAAAGUCAAGAAAAGACAAAAUAGAUCAUUUGAGGUUUAUAAGCAAUGGAUGGAAAAGAUGAUGAUUUCCCGCACGGGUUUGGGAUCUUUGGCGGGAUGUUCCAAAACAUUUUCCGAUCAUUCGACGAGGAGCUCAAACAGGUGAUGGAAGAAAUGUCAAACAUGGGUAGAAAUAUGGAUGACAUUGAGGGUGACACAAGAGGAUUCUUCUCACAGGGUUUUCACACCCCUGAAGGGCCAGGGGGAAGUGUCCCAUCAUACGGACGGAGCCCAAGAGAAAUGAUGCUAAAAGACCCCGACGAUGAUGGCCAGUCGGGGACCACCAGCACCAGUCCCUGUCAGCCAUGUGCAGAUCAGCAGAAAGAGGUGUUUUCUCCAGGAUCAGAGAGUAGGAUUGUUUUCGCCAGUCCACAGAUCGGACCCAACUUCGGCCAGUCGCAAGGGUUUCAUUUUGGAUCAAGCAGAAUGAGCCAGACCAGCAUUAAGAGAUUAGCAGAUGGUACCGUUGAAAAAAUUGAGAAAGUGACGGAAAAUGGCCGCACUUGUACGACCGUCACUCACACGGACAAAAACGGGGUGAUGACCUCAAACACAACGUGUGAUAGACCAGCUGCUGGUGAUGUGCCGACCCUACUAAAAAAUGACUCCCCACCCGCCAUAAUGCCCCCAGAGCCUAGCCAGUCCCAGGGGUCAGGAAUAACCUCUAAACCUCCACAGCCAGGGAUGGAUGCUGAAGAAGCUGGUUUCUUCAAUAAACUUUUUGGAUUUGAUAUUUUCAAAUCAAGAAAGUGAAAAAAUAGUGCUACAGACAAGUGAUUAAUUUUUAAUAGUACUAAAACUAAAUUAUUUAUUAUUUUGAUUUUAAUGCUAUUUAAAACAGAAUAAAGAAAGAGUGGCUAAUAAAUACACUUUUUUCUCUAAAACAUACACUUUUCCCCAAAAUAAAAAGUGAAUUUCCCAACUUCAAUAUUGACAAACAAAUACCCAGUAGUACUUUAAUCUUUGAAAAAAAAUGAACCACAUUUUCUAUGGAAACAUUUGUGUAUCCAGAAACAAAAUUUUAUAACAUUCUUUUAUUUUUUUUAAAGAAUCUUGUUUAUAUUAAGACAAAUAUGAAAUAUCCAGAUUUUAGUUGAAAUGAUACAUUUUUCCCCAUUCAGAAAAGCCCCAGCUUCAUUCCCAGAAGGGUGAUAUAUCAAAAGACACUGUUCUUGGAAAUACAUAUACUUUGAUAUAUUGAAUGAGAUGUAUUUAACUUGUAAAUUUUAUUAUGUAAAUAUGUCUUCUUGCAUAACAUAGAUAAAUAAAGCCUCUUUGAAGUGAUAUUGCAAUAAUGAAACCUUCUGAACAGUUGGAUAAGAUUUUUAUUGUUAAUUAUCAUUCUAAAUUGUCAGUCAGAAUAUGCUUUAUUUUGCUGUGAUUUUACAAAAUGAUUUUGAAAUAAGUAGAAUGACUUCAUUUCAACAAAAAUUAAUAAAAAGUUGUCAACGUCAAAUCUAUUUGGUCAUUAAACUGGAUUUGGCACCCUAUGUCAGCUGAAAACUCUGCUAUUGUUUGACAAUAUAAAGUAGAAUCACAAACCCUGAUGAUUGUAAUACUGUUGUAAGAGUUGUAUUCAAUAAAUGUUAAGUUUUUCAA